AUUUUAUUCUUUAUAAUAUAUUUCCUGUACAUAAAUACUUGUGUAUUGAUAAUGUUCAUACCUGCAAAUUACAUCAUAAAAUCUUGAUUAUGUAAAAAAUUUGCAUAGUUAAAAAUACAUUAUUAAGUUCUUACAUUAUAUUUAAAAAAAUUCUUGUAUAAUCCUAAUACAUAUAAUGUAGAUCAUUUUACAAUAUUUCCUAAAAGGUACUUUAUGUUUUACAAAAUUAUUAAGUAUUUUUUAAUGAGUUUUAUCAAUGUAUUUUUGUAAAAGCAGUAUAACAAUUUAUGUCAUUUUGCAACAAAAAUUAUAGUCAGUUAACAAACGUAUCUUAAUAAAUAACUAUUUAUUUAUCUGAAGUUGAAUUAGGAAUUUAUUGUUAGUACAUUUUAUUUAAUUCAAAGAUUUUAUUAUUUUAGAGAAUAAACACAAAUUUGAUAUUUGUGGAAUGAUCAUCAUCUUACAUAGUAAAUUGGCGUUGUUUAUAAAAUAAAUAUGUAACCUUAUAAUUCUUCAAAUAUACAUAAUUAUCCAUGUCAGUAGACGAUUCGUUCUUGUAUUUUUGGUUUGGGGCUAUAAAAAAUAUUUAGAUUUAAGAGUGCUCAAGGAUUCAUUAUUUAGGCAGUUGGUGUGGAAGAAUCUUAAAUUUUCUUGAACAAUGAUGCAUCUUGUUACAAAACAACAUGUUUGUAUUACUUUUAUUACUUAUUUGUAUUCAGGUGCCUAAGCAUAUUUUUAAAAUAUGUAUGUAAUGUAUUUAACGAAAAUUUUAAACAUGUUAUUUUACGAACAAUUUUGUUGAGAUACUUUUAGUAAAUGACUGUACUACGGAAUUUCGAAUCGAUUAAUAAAAAAUUGAAGAGUAGGUUUGCUGAGCUGCUUUGCAACGGAACUAUCAUAUUUAUUACAAAAACGUACGUAAGGAGUCCAUUCCUAUUAUGAGGUGUAUUUUUUGCUGUUUAAAAUUAAUUUAUGAAUAUGAAUUUGUGAAAUCACGUAAAAAUAAAGAAUUGUUGGUGCAAGAUGGAUUUCUGUAUAGUUUGAAUAAAAAGUGCGUUCGAAGAGCAUGUUUAAGUUGUGGUGUUGCUGCAAUUACAAAAAAGGUCGGUGAAGAAGUACCAAGAAGAAAUACCUUUUACGUCGGGUGCGCGUAUGACAACCUAAGAGGCGAUGCGUUGGGUUAUUCACCCGGAAAGAAUCCGAAAUGGGCCCAGCCCACUAUUUCUUAUUAAAGUAAUAUUUUCUGAUACAUCUCCAAUUCCAAAACAGUACAACUUCGAAAUUCCGUAGUACAGUCUUAGUAAGUAAGUGUUAAGCCCUAAAUCUAGUUCUCGUAAGUUUUCUCGACUGAAUGUUUCUAAGCUAUCAAAUAAACAUUUCUGAACUUAUAUUUGUUACGUCUUAUUAUUUGGCUAAGGUACAUCAACGGCAGGAAACUGGGUAUUUAUGUGUGAAGGUACAUGUCAUGAGGUCUAAUUUCCGAGCAAAAAAUUUUUAAGAAGAUCAAGUCAAUUAUCCUCGCAGCUCGAAAACUACACAAAAUCGCUGAACAUCCGGGUACAACUACAUGACAGUAAUCCAAAAAAAAAAAAAAAAUUGUGUCACCUUUUGGGCCACCCUGUAUAAUAGGACCUGAACAUACCAUCGACGCGACUUGCAUUGGUGGUAAUGAGAGUAUGAAUUUUUAGCCAUCCAUCUAAGUUGUCUUCUCGUUUUCACGUGUUGCACACAUUUGGACACGAUCAUGGCUGGUUGGAAGCCACAGUUGGAAACAAUGAAAAAGUAAAAAGAAGCGGCGGCGACACGGUGCGGCGUCGCACACACUUCGCGCCUGCGCGCCGGCUCACACGCGUACGCGCACGGGACUUCAAGUUACGCGCCAAAACACAUCGCAACUUCACCGUAGAUCAAAAUGACGACCGCAAGCGUUUUGUUGACGGUGUCCACAACAUGGAACCUCAACAGCGAGAAAAUCGACAAGGGGAAAGUGGGGCGGUCCCCCCAGAGCAUCGCAGCCGAGACCGCUAAGGAGUUGAGGGAGACGCCCGCCACGAGGGAACAGGGGCUGAAGAUCAUGCGGGAGUGGAUCCAACAGAACUGCGACAUCAAAAAUGUGCGACAAGAUGACUCGUUCUUGUUGCGUUUUCUUCGACACAAAAAAUAUAGCAUACCGAUGGCCCAGCAGACACUUCUGAAGUACCUAAACUUACGCAAAUACUACCCAGAGAUAUUCAUGAAUUUAGACUGCGAAGAUUCGAAACUUCAGGAUAUCAUCAAUAAUGGGUACGUCGUCGUAUCACCGGUCCGUGACAGCAAAGGUCGGCGGGUCAUCGUUUACAACAUGAGUAGGUUCAACGCGAGUCAGCUGACCUGUUGGGACAUGUGCCGCGUGCAUACCAUGAUUUACGAGAGUCUGUUGGAAGACCCGCUCGAUCAAAUCUGUGGGUUCACGCACGUCGGCGACGGGAGCGGCGUCAGCGGCGCGCACGUCACCGCCUGGAACCCGACCGACUUCGCCCGGCUCAUGAAGUGGGGGGAAUUCUUUUUUUUUUCACAGACCCACUCAACACUCAAGCAGUUGCACAAAAACAUAGACGUCGCUUGUCUCCCAACGGUGUACGGUGGAGAAAUACCCUUGCAGGAGAUGAUCUCCUUCACCAAACAGAUCCUCAGCGACCAGCGAAAGAAAGUGUGCCAUCUCACCGAAAUGGAGAUACUAAGCACAAGAGGGAUCACGUCCUCAAAAGUAAAAAACAAGCCAGACCAAAUAUCAGUGGAAGGAAGCUUUAGAAAACUAGAAAUAGAUUGAGCUCACUUACUUUUAAAUGUGUGUAUUAAUCGUGACACAUUUUUGAAAUGAAUGGUAAUGUUCGUUUUGUUCUUUAUAGCUGGAUUAGGUACAUCGGGACAUAGGGUUACAUGUCACCAUUCAUAAAAAACGUCAAAAGAUUAACUAAAACUGUUUGUUUUGAAAAUUUACGGUUAAUGGCUUUGAAAUCGAUAAUUAUUCAAUUAUUUGAUUUAGUAUUGGUGCCAUGUUACCCUUUUGAGGCACAUCAUAUUUAUUGCAUAACAUAAUAUUUAUAUCUUAUAAAGUUUUGCUAUGACAACAGCUGUACUAUUAUAUUGUAAACACCAAGGUGCUCAUUAAUUUUCAAGAUAAGAAUGUGAUAUGCCUCAAUUAUUAGUCCCAGAGCAAAUGUUUUGGAUUUGAAUUAACUGAAAUCGUAUAUUAAAACAAUUGUUAGGCAAUUAUACGCUAAAUUCUCUAAACAGGAAUUUGUCCCUUUUCAUCUUAAACUCUGGGUUUGUUUUUAGUUUGAUAUCUUCGUCUAUGCAUAUUUUAUUCUUAUAUGGUUGGGGUAAACUGAAUCUCAACAACAUUGCAAUUCCAUUCUGCAAAAUAUUAAGACUGCUUAAUCUAUGAUUUUCGCUUAAAAAUCGGAAAUUUUGAUCCGACCUUUCUGUAUUAUUGUAUCUGUGCCUACCAAGGUACCGAAAUAACUUACCUACUUGAAACGCUAUU